GCUACCGGCGCUCAGACACGACUGGCCGGUGAGAACUACGAGCAGUCGGAGCUGUUGUUAUAUCAGGUGAUGAUCCUGAAGGAGGCUCGGAACUACUCGGAAGCGUUGACUUAUUUGGAGCGAAACGAGUCGGAAAUAUGUGAUAAACUAGCGAUCAGUGAAUACAAAAGUGAAUUAAUGGUAAACGUAGGCAAAGUAAAAGAGGCCAAGAAAGUCAUCAAAGACCAGUUGAUUGGCCGCAACCCCGAGAACGCCAACUACUAUCAGCUGCUGGAGAGGGCCCUCAGCCUCAGUCCCGAACAGGAGACCGAACGCCUCAAACUCUACCUCGACUUCCAGCGCCAGUACCCCAGGGCUCAGAUGCCGUACAGACUGCCGCUGAACUUCGUCACGAACCCGGAUCUGUUCAAAGAGAUGGUUGACAUGUAUUUGCGUAAAAGCCUACGCAAAGGACAGCCGGCGCUCUUCAAAGACAUCAAAAACCUCUAUAACAACGAAUUCAGAGACAAAUCCAAUAAAUCGCUUAUUAAUAGCAAACGUUUGCCCAAAAAGAUUGAAAUAAUUGAGGACUUGAUGCUGAGUUACGUCCAAAAUCUCAUCAAUUUCGACAGUUUCGACUCAACGGAGUCCUCGUGGGGGUCAGAGGCCACCACUUGCCUCCUAUGGGUGUACUACUAUUUAGCUCAACACUACGACUAUCUCUCGGACUACACACAGGCGCUCAAGUACGUGAACAUAGCGCUCGACCACACGCCUACCCUUAUAGAGCUGUUUGUGAUCAAAGCGAAGAUAUACCGGCAUUCGGGUGACAUCUCGGAGGCUGUGAAGUACGUGGACGAGGCCCAGAGCCUGGACACCGCCGACCGCUACUUGAACUCGAAGUGUGCGAAGUAUUUGUUGAGAGCCAACAAAGUGACCGAAGCGGAGGAGAUGUGCGCGAAGUUCACGCGCGAGGGUGUGUCCGCCUCCGAGAACCUCAAUGAGAUGCAGUGCAUGUGGUUCCAGACCGAGAGCGCCAUCGCCUACCAGCGCCAGGAGAAGUUUGGGGAGGCGCUCAAGAAGUGCGUCGAAAUCGACCGACACUUCGCUGAGAUAAAUGAGGAUCAGUUUGAUUUCCACACGUACUGUAUGCGCAAAAUGACACUUCGCUCCUACAUAGAGCUCCUGAGACUCGAAGAUGUCCUGAAGUCGCACGCCUUCUACUUCCGGGCCGCCCGGAUAGCCAUCGAAGUGUACCUAAGACUGCACGACAAGCCGUUGGGCGACGAGGAGGACGUGGAGGACAAGAAUGUGGCGAAUAUGUCGGCGUCGGAGCUGAAGAAGUUGCGGAACAAACAGCGAAAGGCGAAACUGCGGGCGACGGCCGAGAAGGGCACCGAUGGCGACAAUAAGGGCCAACAGAACGAUAAGAACAAUGAGAACAGUGGGGAACUCCAUCAGGAGAAGCUGGACGUGUCUAAGUUGGAGCGACCCGACCAUCCCCUCGACGAAGCCAUCAAGUUCUUGACGCCCCUCCAGAUGUUGGCCGCCAACCGACUGGACACGCAUUUACUCGCGUUUGAGAUCUAUUUCCGCAAGAAUAAAGUGAUGCUUAUGUUGCAGUCGUUGAAGCGCGCCGUCAGGUUAUCGGAUGACAUCCACCCCACCCUUCAGACACAGUUGCGUCAGUUCAGCGCUUUCGUUGAGUCCAACAAAGAGCAACUGAAUGAGGCGUUGAUUAAAGUGUUGGACAGAGAGUGGCCUAAAAUGCCGAAAGUGUCGGCCGAUGUGUCUAAUGACUCCUCUAUUAAUUGA